GCGGCGAGUGCGCGGCUGUCCUUUGGGGUCCUCAGCGCCAUGGGGUCGGGGGCCGAAGCCGGGAGGCGACGGGCGCAGCUCUUCACGUCGGUGGUCCUGUGCUGUGUGGCAUUGUGCAGAGGGUCUGUGGACACUUCACAACCGGAAGUUCGUGUUCCUGAGAACAGUCCUGCCACCUUAACCUGCUCCUACUCCGGCUACACUUCCCCACGAGUGGAAUGGAAGUUUACUCACGGGGACAUCACCAGCCUUGUCUGCUACAAUGGCAAGAUCACAGCUUCCUACACCGACCGGGUCCACAUCGUGCCCUCGGGCAUUGCCUUCACCCAGGCCACCCGGAAGGACUCAGGGAUUUAUACCUGCAUGGUGUCUGACGAGGGCGGCAACAAGUAUGCCGAAACCAACAUCGAGCUGAUUGUGCUUGUUCCUCCCUCCAAGCCCACAGUGCAUGUGCCUUCCUCUGCCACCAUCGGGAAUCGUGCCGUGCUCAUUUGCUCUGAGAAGGAAGGGUCUCCUCCACCUGAGUUCUAUUGGUUCAAGGAUGGGGUACCCAUGCCUGCCAACCCCAAGACCAACCGUGCCUUCAGCAACUCUUCCUACAGCCUCAAUCAGAAAACGGGGGAGCUGGUCUUCGACCCCCUGUCAGCCUUCGACUCCGGGGACUACUCCUGUGAGGCUCGGAAUGGGGUGGGGACCCCAAUGAGGUCAGAGGCAGUGCGCAUGGAAGCUGUGGAGCUGAAUGUGGGAGGCAUUGUGGCUGCCGUGUUGGUGACGUUGAUCCUCCUGGGACUAUUGGUCUUUGGUGUCUGGUUUGCCUACAGCCGUGGCUACUUCGACAGAGCCAAGAAAGGGACCCCUGGCAAGAAGGUGAUCUACAGCCAGCCCUCUGCCCGUAGUAGUCAGGGACAGUUCAAGCAAACUUCCUCCUUCCUGGUGUGAGGCGGUCUCUGCCCUCCUGUAGGUGCUACUGGACUUUGGCCCAACGCCUGGUUUUGCGCAUUGAUGCCUCACUGUCCUGUCUUAGCUAGGAUGUCACCCCAUGCUCACUUUCUCCACACCACUGUGGGUUCUCUGUCCCCAUUGGGAUUCACAGGAUGUGCCCAUGGGUCCCCCUCCCCUCCACAUGCCUGGUGGGAGUGAUCGGUUCUCGGCAACCAUCUUGCAUUGAGGCAUUGGGUGCUUCUUCCCAUACUUGGGGGACUGCUGAGGGCAGCAGAGAUAACUCAGGGAGAAGGCACAGCUGUGUCUGGAGGGGAACAGGAGCUUGUUUGGGGGAAUUAGUAGCCUUCUGGGGAGGCCUGCCAGCAACCCACAGAUGUAAAGGAAGCAACCAUAGCCCAUCAUCACCAGGCCAGCUCCAGGUCUGACUGACUGCAGCUCAUGGACAGAUCCAGUGAAGAUCUCUGGGCUCUGGGGAUGUAUGCUCUAACUCUCUGAGUAUGUGUGUGUAUGCAUAUGUUCAUGCUGUGUUCAGGUGUGUAUGUAUUAUGGCUGUGUGUGUAUGCGUGCAUUUAAGUGGUUGUUACUGAGAAUAAAAUCUUGGUUUGUCAAA